UCAACUCUUGGGACUGCAGAGGUCCGAGGGCGGUGGCACACAGACCUAUAGUGAACAGGCAACGUAGCCUCACGUUCAUGUUCUUGGAACUUAUGACCACCACCUGCAAAUCACCUUGCACACACCGCCCCCCACUCUCAUGACAGAAUUGUUACAGGUAACAAGAUGCAGUUUACUCGAGCAAAUUGGAAAAGACUGAGGUUGACAGGUGACCAAAGGAAUGUUUGCUACCCUCAUAGCCUUCAGUUUUACUUGGAGCCACCUUCCGAAAGCAUAUCGUUGAUCGAAUUUGAAAGCUUGGCUAUCGAUAGAGUUAAAUUGCUAAAAGCAGUUGAAAAUCUUGGUGUGAGCUAUGUGAAAGGAGCUGAGCCAUACCAGAGUAAGUUGGAGAGUGAGAUAAGAAGGCUCAAGUUUUCCUACAGAGAAAACUUAGAGAAUGAAUAUGAGCCACGAAGGAAAGAUCAUAUUUCUCACUUUAUUUUACGCCUUGCUUAUUGCCAGUCUGAGGAUCUUAGACGCUGGUUCAUUCAACAAGAAAUGGAUCUCCUUCGAUUUCGAUUCAGUAUUUUACCCAAGGACAAAAUUCAGAAUUUCUUAAAGGAUAGCCAUUUGCACUUUGAGGCUAUAAGUGAUGAAGAGAAGAAGCUCCGAGAACCAGAGAUUCUUGCUUCAUCACCCAGUUUGAGUGGAUCUAAGAUAGACUGGGAGUCGGAGUCAGUUUAUAAGAUCCCUUUUGCUGAUGCUCUGGAUUUAUUCCGAGGAAGGAAAGUCUAUUUGGAAAGUGGCUUCGCUUAUGUACCACUUAAAGACAUUGUGGCAAUCGUCCUGAAUGAGUUCAGAGCCAAACUGUCCAAGGCUUUGGCAUUAACAGCCAGGUCCUUGCCUGCUGUGCAGUCGGAUGAGAGACUUCAGCCUCUACUUAACCACCUCAGUCAUUCUUACACUGGUCAAGAUUACAGCACACAGAAAAAUGCUGGGAAGAUUUCUUUGGAUCAGAUUGAUUCGCUUUCUACCAGAUCCUUCCCACCUUGCAUGCGUCAGUUACAUAAAGCCUUGCGGGAAAAUCACCAUCUUCGUCAUGGAGGCCGGAUGCAGUAUGGCCUCUUCCUGAAGGGCAUUGGUUUAACACUGGAACAGGCAUUGCAGUUCUGGAAGCAAGAAUUUGUCCGAGGAAAGAUGGACCCAGACAAGUUUGAUAAAGGCUACUCUUACAAUAUCCGUCAUAGCUUCGGAAAGGAAGGCAAGAGGACAGACUAUACGCCUUUCAGUUGUAUGAAGAUUAUUUUAACCAAUCCACCAAGCCAAGGGGAUUAUCAUGGGUGCCCAUUCCGUCACAGCGAUCAGGAGCUGCUGAAACAGAAGUUGCAGUCCUACAAGAUUUCUCCCGGAGGGAUUCACCAGAUCUUGGAUUUAGUAAAAGGGACACAUUACCAAGUGGCCUGUCAGAAGUACUUCGAGAUGAUACAUAACGUGGAUGAUUGUGGCUUUUCUUUGAGCCAUCCUAAUCAAUUCUUUUUUGAGAGCCAACGGAUUCUAAGUGGUAAUAAAGACAUCAGGAAGGAAUCCAUCCAACCAGAAACUCCUCAACCCAAACCAGGUGUCCAGAAAGCCAAGGAUGCGUCAUCUGCUCUGGCCUGUCUGAAUUCCUCUCUGGAAAUGGAUAUGGAAGGACUAGAGGAUUACUUCAGUGAAUGAUUCUUAGGCAGUUAGGAACCCUUUUCUUCACUAACUUUCCUUUCUUACUUUCAAGAUUUUGCUUGUUUCUUUUUUAACCUCUUAGUCUACUUCUUCUCCCGUUCCCCAGUUCAUCCCCUGGAAAGGAGGCUUGUGGGUAAAAACUAAGACUUCCACUAUAUUUUCCUUUGACAAAAAAGAAAAGGAAAAAUUUCUUUUGAAAUCAGAUGAUUGAGUGGUGUGAUCUAAGUCCUGUUUUAGGAGAUAAAACAGCUUUCUAAACUGGUUACACUCCCCUAGAGACAAUAGAACUAAAAACAACUCUUAUUUUGAACCUUAUUGCUAUAAUUUUUAUUCAAUCCUUUUCUGGAGCAUUUUUGUUAAUAAAUAUCAAAAUGUG